CGUCUGGCAACUCUGCGAUCAGCUGUUCGAAAACUGGCAAAUUUGUUUCCAAACAAUUACACAUUUCAAUUUAAUUUCCCCAAGGAAAUAUAGUUAGAUCAAACCCAAACUCUAUGAGCCUUAUUUGCCGAGGACUUGGCUCGUCCCUGAGGCCCAUUCUCCGCGCUCUCCGCCCCCUGCUCGCCAACGAAAACAUCCAAGCACAAAGGUCACCGCUGACAAGCAAGCGUUUUUACGCCGGCAAGAGGAUGGAUUUGAAGUAUCUCAAUCAAAGGGAGGCCAUCGACGUGGACCAGGAGCUCUUCACAGAGUACAAGUUCAGUGUGGAUCAGCUAAUGGAGCUGGCCGGCUUGAGCUGUGCCCACGCGGUGGCCAAAUGCUUUCCAGCCGAGAAGCAUCCGCGGAUUCUCGUUUGCUGCGGACCGGGAAAUAAUGGUGGCGACGGCUUGGUGGCCGCCAGGCACCUCUCCUUGAUGGGCUACACACCCACCAUUUACUAUCCCAAGCCGACGGCCAAGCCGUUGUUCGAGAACCUCAGUCACCAGUGCCAAAUGAUGGACAUCGGCGGCGUGAAGGAGUGUCCUUCGGUGGCGACUGCCGCCUGUGACUAUGACCUCAUCCUGGACGCGCUCUUUGGAUUCAGCUUUAAGCCGCCGGUGCGAGCGGACUUUGUCGCCGUCGUGGAACUGAUGCAGCAGACCAAGCUGCCAAUUGCCAGCGUGGACAUUCCAAGCGGCUGGGAUGUGGAGAAGGGCAAACUGACUGAAUGCGAUGUGGAACCGGCUCUGCUCAUUUCCCUGACUGCGCCCAAACUCUGUGCUCGCCAGUUCCGCGGAGAACAUCACUACUUGGGCGGCAGAUUCGUGCCGCCCGCUCUGCAGCGCAAAUACGGACUGAAUCUGCCCACUUAUCCGGGCAACGAACUGUGCGUCAAGCUGUGAUCGAUGGAUUUAUCCAAAUAAACGAUGGAUUCCUGAGCUGCGCUCUCUGGUUUUCGUACAUCUCUAAUGGGUUUCAUAGUUGAAACAGUAACUAUGUUUUAAAUUUCAGGAGCAGCAAACACAAUAUUCAAUCCAAAACUGAUUUAUUUUCGGUAAAACUUUGUUAAUUUAUCUUUAAGCUAAUACAAAAAAAUAGUGGUCUUAAAAUGAAUUAGAAAAUUAUUUAUUUCAUUACAAAAUAAUGCUUGUAACUAUUUGAAAAGCUUCUCUGGUUAGGUUUUACAAAGUUUCAAGUUCUCCCUUGUGUUUUAUUUUAUAUAUUACAUAUUAUAUAAAGACUAUUA